AGUGAAGAGAGGAGGAGCCUGCGGGGUGUGGGACUCCAGACAAAGGAGACAUAAACACACUGACACUGGAUGACUGGAGGGAAAGAGAAAGAGAUGACUGAAGCUUCAUGUGUUUGUACCACUGAGGUCUAAUCCUCAGCUCCUGAGGCUGCUCCAUCUGUCAUUUGGUGAAACUUGGUAAAAAGAGAUUUGUGUGUGUGCGUGGCAGCUGUAUGAGUCAGUUUGUGAGCUGGGGUUGACAUAUGUUCUCCAUGGUGUGCCGAAGUGUGAUGGAAAAGUGGGGCUGGCACAACAAACAGCUCUGCUCUUAGCUUUACGCCAUGGGGGGUUGCCAUAGUUACCCCUCGGCUUCCAAGGCAGACAGCAAGACUCAGCCUACAAACAUCCACAACGAGAAACUGGGAAUCAAUAACAAUAAUCAGGAGGAGCAGCCGUAUCUGCAGCAGCAGAAUGUGUGCCAGAUGAUCACCAACAUGGACAUGUUUAUCCUCACCAAGCUGCCGCCAGGCGUCGACAAGGCGGAGUGGCUCGCCAGCAACACCGUGGCCUUUUUCAAGCACAUAAACUUGUUCUCCAGUGCGCUGUCAGAGUUCUGCACCCCCAGCAGCUGCCCGACCGCAUGUGGACCAGGCAACACGGUUUACGUUUGGAUCGACGACCACGGCAGGAAGCUGAAGUGCUCCGCCCCGCUUUACUUUGACUACGCCAUGUCCUACAUUCACGACCUGCUGACUGAUGAAGACGUGUUCCCCACAAAAGCAGGUGCGGCGUUCCCAACAGGCUUCGUCUUUCUGGUCCAGAAGGUCUUCUUACUCUUGUUCAGGACUCUGGCUCACAUUUACUGGGCCCACUACAGCGAGACGCUGGCGCUUGGCCUGCACCCUCACCUCAACACACUUUUCACACACUUCACACUCUUCUGCCAGCAGAACGCACUUCUGGACCCUGAGGACACGGAGCCUCUGCAGGACCUCAUCGCUGCUCUGGAGCAGCAAGAAAUAACUCUACGUGCACAAACUUCGAUCUGAGGCUCCUCGGGUCACUUGUAUUUAUUUGUCGCAGCUUGUUUGUUUUUUUGCCUCA